UUUUGAUAAAUUCUAUUUCAUUUUGAUUUUCCAAUUUUUCAAUUUGAUUCAUAAACAUAGACCAAUCUUUACACCUAUAAGAGUUAGGUUUUUUCAAUGAUAUAUUCAAAUUUUUAGGAUAUUUCUGUUGUCCGAGGUUGUCGGUAGAUUCGGUAAAAUCGCGUACUUUUAUUAGCGACUACAGUUCAUAUUACGGCGAGUCUGGUCCAAAAGUGGAAAAGGAUGUCUGUAAUCUAUUUUGAUGGAAUACUGAAAUAAUAAUAUUAUAUGAUUCAUUUUUUAUUUUAUUUACACGUGUGUAUACAUACGAGUAUAUCGGAGCAAAAUUGCUGGCAGAAAAGUUGUCCACAGAAGAAAAAAUUUAAAAAUCAAUAAGCUUCUUAACUCAGAAUCUAGAAGUAAAGUUUUUAACACUUGUAAAUUUUCGUCGAACUGUUGCUUAUUUUUUUGAGAAACCCAUUAUUUGAAUAAAAAUAAAUACAAUUAUUACGAGUACGCCUUAAUAAUGUGGCCUAUAAUACGCUGCAUAAUUUAAUUUAAUAUAAUAAACCGGUAGUCUUUUCAUGAUAAUUAUUUAUAAAUAUCAUAAUAAAUCUAAUCUCUAUAAAGAUAAGAGAAUGAUUUGUGAGUUGUUUGUUGUUUAUAAUCAGUGCAUUAUCUCUAUUCGCGUAAACGUGACUCUUGAACACUAAUUUAUUAAUAUUUAGUUCACGCGUUCUAAUGACCACGGUAGGUAGGUACCAGCGUAUAGAAACCGAUCGCUAUGUACGUUAACAAAGUCACGGUAAUGGUAUACGCCAUCGUAUCCCAGUGCGUGAUACCUGCGGAAAAUGCCAGAAUAUUGGCCGUGGAAACUGUGGCGGGCAAAAGUCAUUGGAACUUCAUGAGCGCUGUGCUGCGUUCGUUGACCGAGGCCGGUCACAGCGUGACCGUGUUCACGCAGUUUCCGGACGGAGACCGCGAAAACUAUACGGAAGUGGAUACGUCUAUGAACUUCCCAAUAUUGGUCGAUUACAGCCUCGUUGAAUUGUUGGAGAAAUUCGAACCGGUCAGGCUUAUGUCGAUGUGGGGCUGGCUCAGCAGACAAUACUGCGAUAUGAUUUACAAAAGCGACCGACUCGGCGAGAUAGUAAACGGUACCGGCAACUCGAGUUUCGAUCUGAUCAUCAUCGAACCGAUCUCGGGGUUCGACUGUAUGUCCUACUUAGCCAGCGCGUUGGACUUGCCGAUGGUUUACGUGAUUCCGUCACCGAUGGUCACAUUAGGAGAACGUAAAUUUACCGGACAUGCCUCCAACCCAGCGUGCGUAUCAAAUAUUAUAAGUAAUCAGGCUGUCCCGAAAACGUUCGCCCAAAGGUUUAUAAAUACCGUUAAAAUUGUUUUUAACGUAAACGCGAAGUUAUACAAUCUAGCGGUGAGAUUGACCAACCCGAGCCCGUAUGAUUUUUCGCCCACAGUCAGCCCUUCAAUAAUCUUUCAAAACAGUCAUUUCGUAUCGGAAAAGGCGAAGCCGGUUACAUCUAAUGUCAUAAAUAUAGGCGGUAUACAUCUGAAACCAGCAAAGCCUAUUCCAAAAGUGAGUAAAAUACCACACAAAUACAAUUUACAAAACGGUUUAAAAUGCAGCACAGUAGUACAUACAAUAUUAUAAAAUGUGUUGCAUACACAAUAACAUAAUUAUUGAUUUUAUUAGGAUAUAUUAGAUUUCAUCGGAGACGCUCCCCACGGAGUAAUUUACGUUAAUUUUGGUUCCUUAGUUAAAUUAUCUGCACUUCCGGAUUAUAUCGAAAAAGCGUUUAAAGAAGCGCUAGCUCAAGUACCUCAAAAAGUUUUGUUGAAAUACGAAGAGGUAAUGAAGGAUAAACCGAAAAACGUGAUGAUAUCCAACUGGUUUCCACAGCGUGACAUUCUCUGUACGAUCAUUAAAUAAUAAAAUGCUUAUAAAAACUUUUUAAUGUCAUAUUAUAAUAAAUUAAAACAUUUAAUUUUAAAUUUUUUUUGUAUUUUAGUGCAUCCUAAUGUAAAAUUAUUUAUAAGUCACGGUGGCAUGUCUUCAGUGUACGAAACUGUCGACGCCGGUGUUCCUGUACUUGGAUUUCCUUUGAUUUACGAUCAGUCAAGAAAUAUUGAUCAUUUGGUUUACUAUGAAAUGGCAAUAUCUAUGGACAUACUUACAGUUACCAAUGACACACUGUUAAAUAAUAUUUUGGAAAUCAUUAAUAACGAAAAGUAAGUUUCUCGACAAAUAUUAUUAAUUUCACGAGUCAUAUUAAUACUUGUUAAAUUUCCCUCGAGUAAGUACAGACACUAUUGUACUGCAUUGUGUUUGUUAUAUUUUAAACACAAACACACGAGUAUAUCUUUUUCUCGGUACUUUUGAACGUAUUUGACGGCUUUCUCUGAGGCAAAUGAGUUCAAACUUAGGGAUUAAAUUUUUUAUUUUUUAAAUGUUGCGCUUAACUAAGUUUUUGUAGGAGGAGGGUGUUUUUUCAAUUUUUUACACCCGUAAAAACCUCUGAAAUCAAGUCAGAUAGAUGACGUUUUGUAUGUACAUAUAGUUUAUGUAUUAAGGACAUUUUUUUAUUCGAUUCUGUAUCCAUUAUCUAAAGUUUAUAGUAUUAUUUUUAUAAACGAAAGAAAGAUGGGGUAGUAUACCACGGAAUAUAACAGGGGAAGGGGUAGAUGUGGUCAAUUGGCGGAAUACAAAUCAUAAAUAAAUAUACAUUUAAUAUUAAAUAUAUAACAUGAAAUUAUAAAAACACCCAUGAUUAGCUUCAGUAAUUAUAAUUAUUUUAAAUAAUAAUAAAAAAAAAUAAGUGAAAUAUUGUUACGGGAACCAUAGGAAAGUUUACUACUCACGGGUGUUUUAUUUAAUAUUUAUAACACAAAUUAAUAAAAACAAAUAUUAUUUUUAGGUACACGAUAAAUGCUAAAAAAAAUUCUCAAAUAUUCAAAGAUCGUCCAAUGUCGCCGGCAAAAUCUGUUGUAUAUUGGACAGAAUACGUAAUCCGUCACAAAGGAGCACCACACUUGAAAUAUCAUGGUCUUAAUCUUACAUGGUAUCAAUAUUACCUUUUAGACGUGAUUGCAGUAAUACUAGUUUUUGUUUUUUUAGUGCUUUACAUAGUAUAUAAAUCCAUUCAAUUAAUUAUUAAACUUUUUUCGACGCACACAUACAAGAAUAAAGUUAAGUAUCAGUAGUUAUAAAAUCAAAACUCUGUGAAAUCAAACAUAUAUCUAUUCAUAUAAUUUAUAUUACUAAUAUUAAUUUGAUUUUUAGAUUGGUAUUUGGAUUUUUAGACAGUAUUGGAUUGGGUAGAAAAUAUAUAUUAUGUAUUAUAUGUGGUACAGCAAUAGCAUAUUUUUUUUUCAUCGGCAUUUGAUCACAAUCAAACGUUAAACCGAUAUAUACGUAUUUGGCAAUCUAAAAACAAAUAUAACCACGUGAGCUGGACAUUUUUUAUAAUGUGUAGAGUACAGCAUGAAUUACAAUCGACCGGAUAAUAAAUAGAUAUUAAAAAGGGUAAUAAUCUCUCGUCACACUUAAACCCAAGGAGAUGUUGACCCAAGUUCGGUAUUAUAAAAUCACUAGGUUCUCAGUUUUCGAAUAGAAUUCAUAGUCACGGAGCGACAAUUUAUAUUACUAUUAAAAUGAAAUCAAAUUUUGUGUACUAUUAUUUUUAUGAAUAUUACCUACUAUCAUCAUUGUGAACGGAAGAAAAUCUGCCGUUGAUCCUUAGCUAUUAUUUGUCGCAAUAUGGAACUUUAAAGGUACAAAACGAUAUUUGUGACAGAAAACGGUAUGAAAAGCAAGUACCUGCUUAUUUUUAUUACAUCAUUUGUAUGUACAAACAUUAAAACAUCUACUUAAUGUAAUAUAAGUGGGCAUAUUAUUCGUUCGAUACUUUACAAUAAUAGUACUUAUAUUUUAAAACUAUUUAUGAUUGGUGUUGACCGCGUUACAAAAAACCCAGCUCGAUGGGAUUUUAUGAUUACGGACUGCUAUAAACAGUCAUAAAAAUAUUAGGAUGUCAAUAUAUUAUCGUUUAUAACUACGAUAUGAUGCUAUUUGAAAGUCAAUGUUUUUUGAUUUAGUAAUGAACUUAAAAAAAAUGUAUUUUUACAAAAAUACAAUAUGAAUGAGCUAAGAGCAGGACGACGGGGAACUUAUUUCCAAUUUUUUUUUUUGUUUGGCAAUUAUUAAGUCAUUAAUUAUUUAUUUAUUUUUAGAUUAAAAAUGUCAUAGAUAUAUCAAUUUAUCUUUUUUAUGGUCAAAUAUUGAUAAAUAAAAAAAAAAUAUUAUGUAUAACAAAUAUAUUGUAUAGCCAAUCCAAUAUCGUAUAUUACACAAUUGUCCUGAUAAAUUAAAUUUGUUCAAUUUCCUAGCUAUAUGAUCAGGGACUGGAACCUCCUUUGUGGUUCUUUAGGUUCCGGUUGCGAUUAGGUACAUACAUAAUUUAAUUUUCGGUUUCGGUUCUUGGUACUAUCGGUUUUUGAAAAUAUUAAAUACUUCAGCUUAAUUUAAUUUUUUUUUUUUUUAAAGAAUUUUUUUGUAUUAAUUGUACUAUACUUAUUUCCUGUGGUCUGAAAAGGCAAAAAAUUAUUUUUCGACUAUUUGCACGAAAUACGCAUUUAUAUUUUACACUAAUAAAAGUACAAUUACUUUAUUAUUUUUUUUUUUUUAUUUCUUUUGCAAUCAUUGGCUUUGUAAUCUCACGGAACCGAUUAGAACCUAAGACAAGAAGAUCCAAUAUUUUUCAAACUUUAUUUGAAAAAAAAAAAAUGCUUAAAUACCCAACAGUUUUUCUAUAGAAUUAAAUAAACGAACAACACAUGUCGAUACAUUGGUUUUAUUUUUGUUGAUUUAUGGGUUACCUUGGAUACGGUGGAAAAGAACACGACUAAUACUAUAGUCUAUUAUGAGGUGUUAGCCAUGUUUUUUUUCUUUAAAAUGUAUAUUAUCAUUAAUUUCAUUAUCAUUAUCAUUAAUCAUUAUUCAUGUAUGUUUUUUAAAAGUAUGUUUGUAUACUCAAUCACCACUCUGAAAUCCUUGAGCCGGUGUCAACCAAACUUAAUACACGAGUAAGAUAUAUACAUAUAUAAACCUAUGUUUAUAUACGUAUUUUAUUAAUUCGUUUAACCUGUAAUUUUGUUUCUGGUUUUUCCCAAUUAUUUUGAACAACUUUUGGAAAUCAAAAAAAUUACCUCUGUAAUGCACCAACUAGACAAAAUUACUACUACAAAACCCCAAACCAAUACAACUAACAGAUCCGAAUCUAAUAUUGUAAAGUACAAAAGUUGCAUGUCGUUUAUUAUAGUCCUUAGAUAAGUCUAGUACUUAUAAUAAUUACUUUAAAAUGUAUCAUUUG